CAGGAAUAUGAAAACAAUAGCUAACAACAAUAAGAGCAGGGGGAUAGAUCUCGAUCGAGGUCGGCUUCCUCCCCCUCCAUAGAGCCGAAGAAUCUCGUCCACUAUUGACACCGUCACAACGUGGCACCCUCGACCAAACAGAACUUGUUCGGGACAAGGACAAUAAGUUAGUCACUGGGAGAACAUCGCUCUCGGAGACUUGCUGACAGGUUUCUUUUCCGUAUGGCGUCGAUCACGAGCGCUCGUUCAAAUCCCGACCAGUCGUCAGAUAGAAUGAUCCUGGCCCAUUUUAUCUCGUUACACGGAUUUUGUCUUGUUCUUCCUUCUGUUUUCCCCCUCGAAUGGUUGACUCGUUCUCGCUUGCAUGACGCUUUUCGAGUCCAGGCCGUAUCAGUCAUUGACGCCAACCCUUAUUUGAGUCCGUCUUGUGUGGUUCUCCUGUCGCCUCUCGUUUGCACAUCCACUUCCCUUUUUCCUUCCUUCCAGAAUUUGCUUUUUUCUGUCGGGGUCUGCAAGCACUUUGAUUGAACGCUCUGUUAUCUCCGGGCUUCCGACCCAGAUCGUAUAGGCCUUGGGAACUGGCCUCU